GCCCGCUUGUCAUCUUCUGUACCGCGUCCAUCUCCUUCCCUGUCUUUUUCCGUUCAUUCUCUCUUAACAAAAAUGGAGGACGUGUUCGACGGCGCUGUAGGUAUCGACCUGGGAACCACCUACUCUUGUGUGGGUGUCUGGCAAAAUGACCGUGUCGAGAUCAUUGCCAAUGAUCAGGGCAACCGGACGACACCCUCUUACGUCGCUUUCUCUACUGAGGAGCGUCUCAUUGGUGACGCCGCUAAAAAUCAGGCCGCCAUGAAUCCUCGCAACACCGUUUUCGAUGCAAAGCGUCUGAUUGGCAGGAGAUUCGAUGACGAGGACGUCAAGAAGGACAUGACCCACUGGCCCUUCGAGGUCAUCGAAAAAGACGGAUCGCCCUUGAUCAAAGUUGAGUACCUCGGAGAGGAGAAGACCUUCAGUCCCCAGGAGAUCUCCUCCAUGGUUCUCACCAAGAUGAAGGAGAUCUCUGAGGCUAAGCUUGGCAAGAACGUGAAGAAGGCAGUCAUCACUGUGCCUGCUUACUUCAAUGACUCUCAACGUUUAGCGACCAAGGAUGCCGGUGUCAUUGCUGGCCUUGAGGUGCUCCGUAUCAUCAAUGAGCCUACUGCUGCUGCCAUUGCAUAUGGUCUCGAUCGCCAGAGCAGCGCCGAGAAGAACGUUCUCAUCUUCGACCUCGGUGGAGGUACCUUCGAUGUCUCCCUUCUGAACAUCACUGGCGGAGUGUUCGCCGUCAAGGCCACAGCCGGCGACACUCACCUCGGUGGCGAGGACUUCGACAACAACUUGUUGGAGCACUUCAAGAAGGAAUUCCAGAAGAAAACCGGGCUCGAUAUCUCUGAGGAUGCCCGUGCUCUCAGGCGUUUACGGAGUGCAUGCGAGCGUGCUAAGAGAACGCUAUCGAGCGUAACACAGACCACGGUCGAAGUCGAUUCGCUCUACCAGGGCGAGGACUUUUCCGCGAACAUCACUCGUGCUCGAUUUGAGGAGAUCAACGCUAGACAGUUCAAGUCGACUCUCGAACCUGUUGAGCGGGUGCUCAAAGAUGCCAAAAUGCCCCGUGAGAAGGUCGACGAUAUUGUUCUCGUUGGAGGUUCUACGCGUAUCCCCAAGGUUCAGUCUUUGGUCUCGGACUUCUUCGGUGGCCGUCAGUUGAACAAGUCCAUCAACCCUGACGAGGCUGUCGCGUAUGGUGCUGCUGUCCAGGCCGCUGUGCUCACGGGUCAGACCUCGGAUAAGACAGCCGACCUCCUCCUUCUCGACGUCGCCCCUCUUUCCUUGGGUGUUGCCAUGCAGGGUGAUAUUUUCGGUGUUGUCGUUCCCCGUAAUACUCCCAUUCCUACCAACAAGUCGCGUACCUUUACCACGGUCGAGGACAACCAGACCACUGUCACGUUCCCUGUCUACGAGGGUGAGCGGACGCAGUGCCGCGACAACCGUCUGCUGGGCGAGUUCGAGCUCACCGGCAUUCCCCCCAUGCCCCGUGGCCAGGCAGAGCUUGUCACCACCUUCGAGGUUGAUGCCAACGGUCUUUUGAAGGUCACCGCGCAGGACCGUGCAUCCGGUCGCAAGGCUCAGAUCAGCAUCACGAACUCUGUUGGUCGCCUCUCAUCUGCUGAGAUUGAUCAGAUGAUCAAGGAUGCCGAACAAUUCAAGCAGGCGGACAAGGACUUCUCUGCUCGACAUGAGGCGAAGUCCGAUUUGGAGAGCUACGUCCACCAGGUUGAGAAUACCAUCACGUCGCCGGAGAUCGGCAUGAAGCUCAAGCGUGGAGCGAAAGCUCAGGUCGAGGCUGAGCUCGCGCGUGCGCUGGAGAAGUUGGAAAUUGAGGACUCGUCCGCUGAUGAGCUCAGAAAGGCGCAGUUGGGCAUCAAGCGUGCGCUCCAAAAAGCCACCGCUGGUAUCCGGUGAAGCUAGGGUGUCUUGAAGGUUUUUUUUU